AUGCCCCAGGAGCCCCAAGGCCUUGACCCUCGCCCUGGCUCCCUCAGGUCCGAGCGGGGCAGGAGGGGCCGCCCACCUGUGGGCGCUCGGCCCCCGAGCCCACGCAGCUCUCCAGCCCCGGGCGGCACCCCCCAGCCCCCACCUGCAGCAGUUCGGUGCCAGCCCGGGGCGCAGGCCGGCUCUCUCCGGGGGCCGCGGCCGCCCAGCAGCAUCGCGAGCCCCUCCCCGGGCGAGAAAGCUCAGGCCCAGGAAGGGUGA